CCCCUACCUAAAAUAUACCGAAGGAGUAGGCAAGACACCUGUCAAGAAGACACUUAAAUCCAGCCUGUUACAACGAUAGCGCUGCUUGGAUAUAACUCAACGCAUGGAAUAAGGACCUAAUUUUGCAUCGAUACAGACUGGACGAAUCAAGCCUGAUUGAGCGCUUGAGAAAAACCAAUGCGCAUUUAAAGCUUCCAUCUCUCGAACGCCCAUGUAGUUGUUUAGAACUUUGAUAUACCACCUAUUGUGUUUUCCCCCAUAGACGUUUAGGUUUUCCAUUCCAACUCACUAGUGGACCAACGCUUUAUCAUCAAUUUGUUAACAGAGAUCUGGAGACAAUGCAUCCCACUAUUCAGAAAGACACAACUUUCACUAAGAUAUUUGUCGGCGGUUUACCUUAUCAUACCAACGACGCAUCCCUUCGAAAAUACUUCGAGAUGUUCGGGGAUAUUGACGAGGCAGUUGUGAUAACGGACAGACAAACCGGGAAAUCCCGAGGAUACGGAUUUGUGACUAUGAUGGACAGGGGGGCGGCAGAACGGGCAUGUAAAGACCCCAACCCCAUCGUCGACGGUAGGAAGGCUAACGUCAACCUGGCCUACCUGGGAGCCAAGCCCCGCAGCCCACAGACAGGUUUCUCCAUCAGAGUGCAGCAGGUCCACCCCGCCCUGAUCCAGAGGCAGUAUGGAUUUUCCCAGCAGUGUAUGUACCCCCAGGCCUUCCUCCAGCCCAGUCUGGUGCUCCAGUCCCACCUCAGCCCCUCUCAGGCCUCCCUCAAUCCAUAUCUGGACUACAGCUCAGCCUAUGCCCCCUACACCACCUCCACUGGCCUGGAGCAUUACCCCUACACCCCCUCCCCCUCGCUCUCCGCCAGCUACCUCAGCUACCCCUACACCCCCUCCCCCUCACCCUCCACAAGCUACCUCAGCUACCGCUACUCCCCCGCCACACAAGGUCCCACCAUUUCCGCCCCCCUUACCCCGCCUGUCCACCCCUCCCUCAACCCCUUUGCUGGCCUCUCUGUCCCCCCUGCUGCCUACCUCCAAUACCCCCUCCACCAGCCUGACCACAUGCUGUGAGGGUGGACCUGGGAGAAGGAGGUGUGGUGAUGUGGGAUGAGGAUGACCAAAGGGGGUCACUGAUGACAACAUGAAUGGAGACUUGGAACAGGAGGAUUAUUGCGCUAUGACCUGCGACAUCAUCAGUAUGAGACUCCUGACAGCCGAUGAGAGAGUGGGUUCUGAAUCCAAAGGGCUUUGUCAAAACAAAACACACUGGGACGUCUUCCUGUUUUUCUAUUAGGGUUAUUAUCCAUUGUUGUCGUAGUUGUUACUAUGCUACUAUUGCUGUUGUUGCCAAUGUUUAUACGAAUGUUUUUAGCUAAUGAUGGAAGUAAGAGCUAUCCCUGUGUCCAAUGCCAAACAUGAUGGAGUCAAUGGAACAUGAGAACUGAAAGAGGGGAAUGAUUGAUUCUGGAUCAACCUAGAUCCUUGCACUCCUCCUUACCCAUACAGAACACCCACCUCGUACACCAAGCCAAGGCUAGCCCUUCAACGUAGUGGAUGGGGCUUGAAGGUUGGGCAAAGAUGGGUUGGGUAGACAUUAUAUUUAACUAGAUGCUCCGCCUCUCUCUUCUGGAAGUUGUACUGAACGUUUCACUAGCGAGGUGAGAGAGAGAGAAAGAGAGAAAGCAUCCUCUUCUGGACAUUUCUUCAGGAAUACCUUUCUCUACGUGGCCUUAUAGCCUCUCUGUUUCCAUGUCCUCCAUGAGUGCAAGUAAGUUAUUGCAGAUUGAGAGUCACACUUUCACUGAAUAUGCAAUUAUUAUUCUGAUGGAGUAUGGGAUGAAUAUUUAUAAGAUAGGCAACAUUGUAACAUGCUUUUUAUAUCAAUGUUACUCUAACAUAAUCAUGUCAAGGCAGAUUUUUGUACAGAAGGUAUUUCCAUAUUCAUGUUUAUCCUCAGAGACCUGCAGCAGCUGGGGUAACUGACUAUCUCAGUAUUGUUUCAAGUGGGCAGAGGCAGAAACUACAGGCUAAUGGAGGAUGUAUGAUCUGGUUGUGGAAUACUAAUGUAAUGUUUUAAUGAUACAAGUGUUGUCCUUCAGGUGAGUUGAUCUCUGCUAGAACCUGACUGAUGCUAUGGGCUAGACUCAUGUAUGUGUACAGUCGUGGCCAAAAGUUUUGAGAAUAACACAAAUAUGAAUGUUCACAAAGUCUGCUGCCUCAGUGUCUUUAGAUAUUUUUGUCAGAUGUUACUAUGGAAUACUGAAGUAAAAUUACAAGCAUUUCAUAAGUGUCAAA